UUUAGGAACUAAACGGUAAUUUUGCACGUGAUUGACAUCAUCAAUUUGGCCAAUUUUCAAACGUUUUUGGAAGGUGGAUGAAAUUUUGGGCUUCAAAAUUUGACCCAUCCAUAAAUUUGCCGUUCGGGCUGAACCCUGUUUGAACGUGCGUUGAGCUCAACCUGGGCCGUGGAGCUGCUGCUGAUAAGAGGAGGAUUUUUACGUUCUUAUGGCAUGCAAAUGCUCGCCAAUGCGGCCAUGCCGCCGUAUCUCCGUCGAUUAUCUUGCUUCUGUUCAACUACUAGCUAUGGCAACACCACCAAGCCAAAGUCCAAUGCUUCUUUCUACCCAAUUUCCGACCUCCUCAAGCUCUGCAAGACGCCCAUCGACCUCCAGCAAGUCCAUGCCCGUUUCGUCCAGAAAGGGCUCGAGCAGGACCAUUUUCUCGUGGCCCAAUUCAUCUCCACUUCCAACUCAGUCGCCCACAUCGCCUAUUCUACAUCCGUCUUUGAUCGUGUUCUCUCACCCACUACAUUUCUUUGGAACUCUCUCGUUCGUGGCUACUGUGAGAAAUUGCAAUUUCUUGAUACUAUUUCUCUAUUUGUGCGUAUGAAGAGUGAGGAUGGCGUUCCUGAUAGGUAUACAUUUCCUUCGCUUCUCAAGGCGUGUGCGAGUGAGGGGAAAGUGAUGGAAGGGAUGGCCCUUCAUGGAUCCAUCUUGAGAUGUGGUGUUGAUGAGGAUGUAUAUGUGUCGACGAGUUUAGUGAACUUGUAUGGGAAGGGUGGGUUAAUCGAUUGUGCUCGUAAGGUGUUUGAUCGAAUGUCAAAGAAGAAUGUGGUUUCUUGGACGGCUAUGAUCGUUGGGUAUUCGAGCAUUGGGAAUUUGGUGGAGGCAAAGAGGCUUUUCGAUUCGAUGCCAGAGAGAAAUGUGGCGUCGUGGAAUGCAAUUAUAGGUGGGUACAUGAAAAUGGGUGAUUUAAAGAGUGCUGAGAAGGUAUUCGAUGAAAUGCCAGAGAAGAAUGUUGUAUCUUACACAACAAUGAUCGAUGGGUAUGCGAAAGCGGGCGACAUGCUUUCUGCCAGGAAUUUAUUCCAAAAAGCACCUGAAAGGGAUAUUGUCGCAUGGUCGGCUUUGAUAUCUGGGUAUACACAAAAUGGUCAGGCAAAUGAGGCAGUCAAGACUUUUCUUGAAAUGGGUUCUACGAAUGUGAAACCUGAUGAGUUUGUAUUGGCAAGCUUAAUGUCAGCAUGUUCUCAGGUGGGUAAUUUAGAUUUGGCCAAAUGGGUUGACUCAUAUGCUACCAGGUGUUUAGGUGAUCUACGUGGGGCUCACGUUAGGGCAGCUCUUAUAGAUAUGAAUGCUAAGUGUGGAAACAUGGAGCGAGCCAUGAAUCUGUUCGAAGAAAUGCCUAAAAGGGAUCUAAUUUCCUAUUGUUCUGUAAUGCAAGGGUUGUCAAUCCACGGGCACGGAGAUCAGGUUGUGCCACUCUUUGAGAGGAUGUUAGAUGAAGAUCUAACUCCCGAUGAAGUAGCCUUCACAGUCAUCUUAACAGCUUGUAGCCGUGCUGGACUUGUGGAUGAAGGCUGGCAUUACUUUGAAAUCAUGAGGUAUAAAUACUCCAUGGUUCCCUCUCCUGAUCACUAUGCAUGUAUUAUUGAUCUUCUUAGUAGAUCUGGGAGGUUAAAAGCAGCUUAUGAGCUCAUAAAAUCUGUGCCUGUUCAAUCUCAUCCUGGUGCAUGGGGUGCACUGCUAGGAGCCUGCAAAUUAUAUUGCGAUUCUGAGCUUGCAGAGGUGGUAGCUUCUCGACUUAUUGAGCUUGAGCCUCAAAAUGCUGGCAAUUAUGUGCUAUUAUCCAAUAUCUAUGCUGCAGCAGAAAGGUGGUUGGAUGUGGCUGUUGUGAGAAACCAAAUGAAUGAAAGAGGGCUCAGAAAAAUACCCGGUUGCAGUUGGAUUUAGUGUAUGGUAUUGUGUAUACAUUAUACAUUAUCUGCAAUCUUAUCUGCACCAGCAUUGACCUGUCUCGGUUUAACAUCUUGAUUCAUUAGACUAUCAAUAUCAUUGCUAUGCUGGUAUUCAACGGUGGUAAAGAAUUGAAUUUGAAGUUAAAUCGCUGAAAACUGAAUUGUGUUCCAAGUAAGUCAUGGCCACAGCAGCAUGAAGAGCUGCUCCUAUUGGAAGAGCCUCUUCAUCAAGGACAAAGUGCGGUGAGUGCACUGGCCGAUUUG